AUGAGCGAGCUCCCUUUGAACAUGACAGAACUUGCAAACCACAACAGAGACAAUGUUGCUGAGGGAAAAGCAGAGGUUAGCCAGGCUCCCACUCCGACCUUGUGCAGCUGGUUGUGCCCAGCAAUUCGAGCUAUCGUGAUGGGCAUCAUUGGCCUCCUUCUCCUCCUCUCAAACAUCAGCCAUAUCUAUGUCAUUGUGACCUGGGAGAGCAAACAAGCUUGCAUCGCCAGUGGAAUCAAGGAGGCAACAGAGAUUGCCCCAUUUGUUUGGCUUACAACAUGGGUCUUGUGGUUGUCAACUGCAUUCUAUAUCUGGUAUCUCUAUUUGAUUUUUUCAAAACCUUCCAUGAAUCAUGAAAGCAAGGCUGUCCAGUCCUGGGGCUUUCGUUGUCUCUUCCAGGUAGCCUUGUGCUGGUCCACAAUUACAGUUUUGGCUUACACAGGUUCUUUGAUUCUGACUCCUCCAUCAACCGAUGCGAUUGACACUGAUCUCUGCUAUUCCUUCUCCGACUCCAUCAUACAAAAGUCACAACCCAAUGCUAUAUUUUGGUUGGUCAUGGACCGGAUCUUCAAUUUCACUGCCCACUAUGUUUGUGGCCUGGCACUUCUCCUUCUAUACCUCCAACGGGCUGUGGCAUAUGAUAUUGGCAUUCCGUUUUCUGUGCUCGUCUUGAUCCCCUUUUCUGUUGUCCUUGGCCUUGUGCAUACAUUUCAUUCUCCUGUUUAUGAUGUUGAGAACAUCUGGCUUAGCAGUGCCGGAGUCAUCAUUGGUGCCCUAGUUAUACAUGGCCUCUUAUGGUGUGCUUCUGGGCGCUCCAUGGCACAAGUUAGUGGAGAGCCUUCAGAGGAAAGCAAAAACACUGAAGUAGAAGAGACGGUGGAUAACGAAGUGCUUGCUGACGAGGUUUGA